AUGAUUCAAGAAGGUAUCUCACUUGGUGUUGAACUGGAAGGACCAAAGGAGAGGUUGCAUCUAGUUAAAGCAAAUCUAGUGAAGAAGGUUCCUUUGACUCUGCUGUGGAAGCUCUGUGAGGGCGUCUUUCAUACUGCCUCUCUCCUGUCUCUGUUGAUGUCAAAGACCCUCAGACAGAACUCUAGGGCCAGCAGUGAAAGGAACUCUCAAUGUUCUAAAGUCAUGUGCAAAUCGACAAUCUUUGAAACGAGUUGUUAUGACUUCUUCCAUGGCUACAAUGUUUGUAAUGGAAAGCCCAAGACUCCUGAAAUUGUAGUUGAUGAAACCUGGUUUUCAGAUCCAGAAUUUGUGAUGAGUAUGAGCAUUGAAAUUCCUUCGGCUAGUGGAAGAUAUUGUUUGGUUGAGUCAGUGAAGCACCACUCAGAAUUGUGA